AUGACUGCCCCCGAUGCUGUGUCGGUACCGGAGGGGCUCUGUGUCUUCAUUUCCUGCAGUUUCACUUACGAUCCAGGUGAUGCUAGAAUCAGUGCCACAUUGUAUGGAUAUUGGUAUGAGGUAGGAAAGACUACAAACGAUCCUGCAGUGGCCACCAAUAAUGACAAAAAAGACAUUGCAGACUUCGCUCUCAAUCGCUUUCAUCUCUCUGAGGAUCUGGAAGGAGGCAACUGUUCCCUCACCAUCAACGAUGCCCAAAAACGUGAUAGAGGGAACUACUAUUUCAGAAUGGAGAAAGAGCCCAAAGCAAAAUUUGAUUACAAACGUCUUGGCCAACCGUCUGUGAGUGUAACAACACUAGAAAACCCAGAAAUACAGAUACUGGGAAAGCUUCGAGCAGGACACCCAGUAAACAUCACUUGCACAACCCCAGGAAGUUGUGCUUUGAAGCCUCCGAUCAUCACCUGGGAAGGCAUUUCUGAAAAAGCCAGAUCCAGGAUCUCUGACUUGCAGCCAAAUGGCACCAAAGUCUACAGCACCGUGUUCAACUUCGUACCCUCAGUGGCAGACCAUGGACAGAAUCUCACUUGCAGCGUCCGCUAUGGGAAUGAGACCAGUUUUGUGUAUAGGGCGGAGACUAUCCAGCUGGACAUCAACUACCCACCUGAGAAGCUGGAGAUCCAUGCAGAACUUCUGCGCUCAAACAAAAUUGUGAAAAAGUUUACAGGUGUCACCCACUUCACUGUAAAUGAAGGUGACUCUAUUGUGCUACAAUUCGAGGUAAAGGGCAACCCUUCGCCCACAGUGACUUGGAUGAAGAAAUCACAAUCUGAAUGGACUCCUCUUCAGCCCACUUCAGGAAACACACUGAAAAUUUCUGAUCUGAAGAAGUCGCAUAUGGGUGAAUACAAGUGCGAAGCCCGGAACCCAGAAGGCUCCAGCAAGGCAACCUUCAAGCUCUCCCUAGAAGACAGCCCUAGGGCGUGCAAACAGGAGAUCUCCCACUGCAAGCAAGAUAGCAGUGGGUUCCAGUGCAAGUGUUCCAUCUGCUCCUCCCCGUCGCCCAACAUAACGUGGCAGGUGAAUGGGGAGACCUUGGCGGGGAACACCACCCAAGGGAAGAUACAGGUCACUACCUGGAAUACAGAGAAAGUAGGCACUAGCACCCUGCGCUUCACAGGGGACUGGGACGGAGAACACCAUUUUACCUGUCAUGGAGUCAACCCAAAGGGAGAGCUUGAUAUGAUGUUCUUCCCGUUUAGUUCAGGGGACAUGUUGAUUACGAAGAUCGUUAGUGCAGUGAUUGGCGCACUCAUCAUGUUUGUUAUCAUGAUGCUCAUCAUUGCCAUCAUCGUGACCUCCAAAAAGUGCAAGAGAAAAUCAGUGACUGCCUCAAAGUCUUACACAAAACAACUUGUCCAAGGCGAGAUCCCCAUAGAUGUCAAGGGUUCUAGCAUCAAGGGAGGCGACGAAGUGCCAAAAGUGCAAGAAAAGUCAAAUGAAUCCACUGUCGAAAACGCUGACGACGCUGAAGACCUACAUUACGCCACCCUUGAGUUUAAGUUGAAGGAAAGUAUACCAGAGACCAUUCCAGAAGAACCUCAAACAGAAUACGCUGAAAUCAAGACUUCGUAG